AUGGCCAAGAUGCUGUACCGCAAGGACACGGGAGAGAUCCUGGGCGUCCACAUCUUCGGCCUCCACGCGGCGGACCUCAUCCACGAGGCAUCCAACGCCAUCGCCACCGGACAGACCGUGCAGGACAUCAAGUUCAACGUCCACGCCCACCCCACCCUGAGCGAGGUCCUCGACGAGCUCUUCAAGGGCGCACACCUCGACGCGCACGCGCCCGCGGCCAGCAACAACGCCGCCGCCAAGGAGAAGCAGCCCGUGGCCGCCUGA